CUCGUUGUCAAUGUUACGGUUAUUCCUCUGCAUCAAUUCCAACUGGCGCUGUCAUUAACACGCACAGUAUUCAUAAACUCAAUUUUUCUCCUCCCUUCUUAUUUUUUAUUUCUCUGGCUUUGCGGAGUAUUAUGGUGUUAUUUAACAUGACGGAAGAUCUCUCGGGCACCAUCACUGUGGUUUUUAAAGAAAUCUCCAUCAACUAACCUUUGACGCUAACCGGCGGAAAAAUACACACCAUGUUAUCCAGCGAUUUACGAAAUGUCAUUUAAUGCUAAAGAAAUAUUGUCUUGAGUAAUGGCCACGUGAUGACUCUGCUCUGCAAUUGACUACUUAAUUUAAUAUUAUUAACUGUGCGGUUUUGGGUGUACAAUAAAGUGCAAUUCCGCUGGCAUUUCCGAAAUACUUUUGUAUAAAAGGAAGUUGAGAUGAUGCUGCGAUGUCAUACGCGAAUGGAUCAUGCUGCUACUAGAAUGGCUGCAAUUACUGAUACUGAUCAGUGGCUCAGCAUCGGCGUUGAAGCGCGUCACAAGACAAGCGGGCUACACAUAUGACAGGCCGUCGGUGCCGUUUACAUUACCUACACCAGCUCCACCGCCGCCCCCGAGUUGCUGUCAACCGGGACAAACACCAUCGAAUAGCAAUUGCUAUGUGUGUGCAACACCUGCACCUCCACCUGUAACUUAUAAUUAUCCACCUCCCCCGCCACCUCCACCACCACCACCGCCUCCUCCUCCUCCUCCUCCGCCGCCGCCUCCUCCUCCACCACCACCACCACCGCCACCACCACCUCCUCCGCCACCUCCUCCUCCUCCUCCUCCCCCUCCGCCACCCCCGACAUGUUGUCAACCGGGUCAAACGCCAGCCAACAGCAACUGCUACGUAUGUGCGCCACCACCCUGCUGUCAACCUGGACAAGUGCCAUCAGGUGGAAAUUGCAUGAUAUGUGCAACCCCGGCGCCGCCACCACCGCCUCCACCACCACCGCCCCCUCCUCCUCCUCCUCCCCCUCCGCCACCACCAAGUUAUUUGCCGCCACCGCCACCGAGUGUCUCAACCCCAGCGCCUACAUACCUGCCGCCCUACACACCUGCGCUCAACCUAGUGGAGAGGGUGAAAAAACGUGACGCGUUUUGCUCCACCACCGAGACCUCCACCACCACCACCGCCACCUCCACGACCCCCUGCGCCACCCCCACCCCGUCCCCCUCCGCCGAGCUGUUGUCGCCCCGGGCAGACACCGUUCAACAGCAACUGUUACGUUUGUCAGACCCCAGCACCGCCACCUCCACCUCCUCCGCGACCUCGUCCCCCGCCACCACCACCACCACCUCCGCCACCAACUCCUCCUCGUCCUCGGAUAACUCCUCCACCACCACGACCGUUGCCACCACCCAGGACUUAUCUUCCAGUACCACAGCCUUGCUGUCCACCACAACAAAUACAACCAUCGAACAAUUGUCGAGUGUGUCAACCAGAACGUCCCCAGUACCCAGCACCACCUCCACGACCACCAGCGAGAACAUACCUACCACAAGUAGGUUAACCGAAGAAAUAACGACAAACUUAAUAAUUCCAAAUAAUACAACCGUAUAA